UCAAUGGUGCCAAGAACGAGGCCAAAAGUCGUCCCUGAACUUCAUGUCAAUCCCAUGAGCGAUAUACAAGGAUGAAGGACGACAUUAAACCCAUCCCUUGCGCGCGCAUCCGCUCCGCCAUAAUAUUUACAGGUUUUAGGAAAAGGGUGUGUGGUGUAUGUGUCUCUGUGUUUUUUUCCCAAAUGUUCACCUCCUCAAAUAAACCCUAAAUUGGACCAUCGAGAGGAACCCCCGACAAAAACUCCCAACUGCAUCAACAGUUGAAACUUGGCAAGAAGUUUCUGCAUUGCUGCAAUUUUUCUUUUGGACUAAGGACAAAGAAGAAAAGUUGAGGGAUGGAUCUGACGGACAAGGUGGCCCUAGUUACGGGAGCUGCAACCGGCCUAGGACGGACAUUUUGUGAGGAAAUCCUCAGGCAUGGGGGUAAGGUAUCUAUUUGUGAUCUGGAUUCCGAUGCUGGUGAGCACACAGCCGACGAAUUGGGUCAGACAUUUGGCAAGGAGAGGGUCCUCUUCUGCCACUGUGACGUCACAGACUACUCACAGUACGAGGAAGCCUUCCAGACCACAAUGACCGAAUUCGACAAUAUUCACAUUGUCAUCAACAAUGCUGAGAUUUGGAAUGACAAAUUCUGGGAACUGGAAGUGGAUGUUAAUCUCAAUGGUACAAUCCGAGGAACUCUGCUGGCACAGAGAUUCAUGGGCCGAAACAAUGGCGGAAGUGGCGGAGUUGUCAUUAAUAUUGGCUCUGUAACGAGUGUUCGACCUCAAAUAUCUACUCCGAUUUACUCAGCCACCAAGCACGCCAUACUGGCCCUAUCCAGAUCUUGCGGAGAUGCUUACCACUACAAUUUGACUGGGGUGCGAGUGAUUGCAGUAUGUCCGGCUCUCCUGGAGAACGCCAUGACAUCCCACAGCAAGCGUUUCAAGUCACCCAAUCAUGAGAAGGCCUGGCAAUUGGACGUCAAAGGACUCAUGCCUCAGAAACUGGAGCAUGUGGCCAAGUGCGUCAUCCCAGUAAUCAAGGACGCUGCAAGUGGGAGUAUUUGGUUGAUAGCCAAUGGAAAAUCUGCCAAAGAGAUUCCCUACUCAGCUGUUCAGCUCUAAACAAAAUGUUUUUACAAUACACAAAAAAUACCGAGCUAUCAUUUUUAAAAAAUACAUAAGCAUCAAAUUUAGUAUGUGAAUUCUAGAAUAAGACACCAUAAUUGGUAUAUUAAGUAGUAGAAGUAUCGUGAACCAAACAUCAAAAAAUGAAUCUCAGAGAUAUCAUAUUUUUAACAGUUUUUUGCUUAGCGGAAUUUUCGAUUAAAAAAAAAUGUGAGCCAAGGAUCGCAGUCCCCAAAUAAAUACCAAACAAACAUUUUGAAAGUUAUUAGUAAUUAAGUAAAAAAUAAAAAUAAAUGUGCAAUAAAAAACCUAAAAUAUGCUGAAAUUUAUGUAAUUUAUUUAAACUUCAUUAUUUUAUUGAAAUUCAUAUCUUUUUCUUUCUGCAAUUUCUCAUUAUUAUAUGCUAAAUUCUUCACCACUACUCCAAAAAUGUAAAAUUAAAUUUUCUUUUCUCUAUGUUGAUGAAUGAAUAUAUAAUUAUAGAAAAAGAGAAGAAUGAUAGCGAAUAAAAUAUGACAUCAUUUCUACCUUUUAAAAA